GCAGGUGCUGCUUUUUAGCUGGGAGAAGAGCCAAGUGUGAGACCGACGGCUGUUGAGGCCAGCUGCAUGCAUGCAGGCUUGGAGGACAAGCUGCUGUUAAAGCAAUGCAGAAAGCCAUUGUGAUCACCGAGCAGCCGGUCUCUGUCUCUGUCCCUGUUGGAUACUCCUUCACUCUGCGAUGCAGAGCUGAGGCCUGCACAUCUCUGCAGUACCAAUGGUUUUGUCAGCACCAGUCUGCCUGUUGCCAGAUUCCUGGUGCAACUGAGCAAGACUUGCUCAUCACUGCACAGCAAACCCAACUGUACACCUGCAGAAUCAAUGACCUCCAUAAAAAUGCUGUCUUCUCUAACUGGGUGAAAGUGGAGGUACAUCAGUGUGUUGCUAGAGGGCUGCUCCCUCAGCUUUGGCGAGGAGAACCAGUCAUCAUCCUCAACCCCGCCGAGCAGAAGGUAGAAGUAGGGAAGCCACUACAACUGCGGUGUGCUGCCAUGGGGGUCCCAGCCCCAAACUACCAGUGGUACCGUAAUGGGAAUGUGCUGGAACACCAGAAGAGAAAAAAACUCUGGAUCAACCAUGCAAAGGUCAGCGACUCCGGCACAUACCUUUGCUGCGCCUCCAAUAGCCAUGGAGAGCAUUGGACCAACGCGGUGGAUAUUCACGUGGGUGAGCAGAGCCAACCAACACCUGGUACAUGUCGUUCUGAAAAGUUUUUUGCUACAGACAAGAUAGCACUUUUAGUGGGCAACAACCAUUACCAGCAUCAUCCAAACCUGAUGGCUCCUGUCACAGAUGUGUUUGAACUGAGUCUUCUUCUAAAGCAACUGGGGUUCCAAGUUGUCUCUCUUCUGGACCUGAACAAGGCUGAGAUGAUGACAGCGGUCAGUCGGUUUCUGCAGCUCUUGGGGAAAGGGGUCUACGCUAUAUUUUACUAUGCCGGGCAUGGUUACGAGCAUUUGGGAAGGAACUACAUGGUCCCCAUUGAUGCCCCACAGCCUUAUGCCCCUGAGAACUGCAUCAGCGUGCAGAGGAUCCUCCAGAAGAUGCAGCAGCGGCAGACAGCCCUGAAUCUCAUUCUUCUGGACACCUGCAGGAAAUGGUACAACCCAGAGUGUCCCCUGUCACAGGUGCAGCCACUGGAGCCUUGGGGCAAUACUGUUUAUGGCUAUGCCACAAGUGAAGAUGCAGAAGCCUAUGAGUUGCAGGACGGAGAAUUCAGCUCUGGGAUCUUCAUGAAAUAUCUGAAGAAACAUAUUCUGCAGGAGAAAAAAGUUACACACAUGUUGGAGGAUGUGCUAGAAGAUAUUGGCCGGGAUCCUUUGGUCACUGGGAAACAGGUGAUGGAGAUCAAGCACACUCUGAAGGAAGCCCGGGCCCUGACAGACCCUGUCUGCCCCUCAGGAGCAGCUGCAGCGCGCUGGGGACGCAGCUAUGAGCUGCUUAGCGAAAUAGUGACGUUCCCGUGCGGGGCACGGGUAGAGCUCCGCUUCCACCAGGUGUUCUCCAAUGUGAUAUAUGUGUGCGCCAAGCUGCAGGCACUGCCGGCCCACAUCGCUGAUGUCCGCCUCCUGCUGUGCUGGCCAACCGAGAGGCAAGGUGCGGACAUCUUGAAGGACAGCUGCCCAAACCAAGUGGAAUCUCUGCUUGCCUCUGUUUGCAAGCAGGAGGAGCAGGACUGUGUGUUCCAGCUCAACGGACUGCAGAAAAUUCAGAUGGAUGUGCUCCUGCAGUUGGAUUUGCAUUACACUCAGCUAAGCACAAAGCAAAGGACUUGUGAAAGCCUGCAGAAAAUCCUCCAGAAAUCUCUGGUAGCGCAGUUGUUCAGCCACAGAAAUUCUGCCCAGCCAAACUACCAGCAAACUCCAGUAUCUGCAGGCAGCCUGUGCCUCAGGAACAUGUCCACGCUAAGUGCAGGCCCAAAGGCACAGGCAUCUCUGAGGAUGGGCUCGGGACAUAGUUUGCCGAGCAGCAACCCCUCCAACUCAUGCAGUGAGCCAGAAGAGAACGAUGAGAGCAACUUGAGUGAGCUCUGCUCAGCACUGCUCCGGGCUGGCCCAGGGCAGGACUGUCCCUGACACCUGCAGACUGUUGUGACCAGCCUGGGAACUACAUUUUUGAAAAGGCAACAGUUAUUCCAGUGAUAAAUAUGACAGGAAUCUUCGGCUGCCUUCAGCCUCAGCAAUUGCUCUGGCCAAAUCAGGCCGUGUGUGGCUGAGGCUGCUUUUGGAAAGGCCUUUCCCAUCCUUGCCCUGCAACAUGCAGGGCCUGAAGCCUGCUGGAAAUAACCUCUGUCCCACAGAAAAUUCUGCGCUGUUUGAGAACACCAAGGAGUAAUUGUCAUGUCUAGUGGAAGACAGGGCCACCCUACAAGCCAUAACAUUUCCAGGCAAAACCCAACAUUGCUUAUGGUCAAGGGCACUGGCUGAUGUUUUCUGAGAAUCAGGCUCUGCUAAGCAAGUGCCUGAAAGCAAGCAUUACAGCAGUAACCAUGGUGAGGUAGGACACCCAUAAACACUACAGGCCUGUGCUACAGCAGGAACACAGUCUAAAAACCCAAAUAAAACUGCUGACUCUCAUCACGCUUGUGCAAGUGAUGCAAGGAAUUGAUGAGCGACCCAGAUAAAACUGUAGGAAAGUAUAAGCUUCCCCCCAGGGUUGCAGCGUGAUUUUCUUUCCUUGUAAGUCCUGCCAAUGUACUAGCAGAUGUUAAAUUAUGUGUUUAUGUAUUUCUAAAGAAUGCAUUUAUAUUUUAUAUUGCUAGGAAAAGGAGGUUGAGAUGUCCUGUCAAAUGCAUGUUUACAACAGAGGAUGGUUUUCCAACAGUAGUAGCCACAGGUUCAUGCUUCCACCUGCCCCUUCUAUCAUGUUACACCCAAGACACAAAAGGGUGUUAAAUCCUGUGUGGUCCUGAGUUCCUCUCAGAUGCAGAACCUCUGAAGUGUGGGAGAGGGAGCGGACGGGGUGGAGGACAGAGAACCUCAAAUAAUUUGUUAUUAGUACAAAUUUUUUCAAAGUAUCUGUCUCUCUCUGUGUUCCUUCACCCUGGGCAACCUCCUUCUACAGUGGGGACUAUCUGCUGCAGCAUGGAAAAAUAUGAAAUGCUACUUCUAGAUAAACCAUCCUACAAGUUCUGGAAGGAGAGGCCCCAUCUGAGUGAAGGGGCUAGAAAGUCACCUAGGAAAAAGUGCAAAGCUUCCUCCACCCCCACCUUCCAAAAUGUAGCUUAAAUAAGAUGGACUGAUAGAGAAAGUAAAGCAGAGGAAAACAAUCUAAUUGAGGGAAAAACCAAAGGUCAAAUCAGCACUGGUAGAAACUUAAGGAUAGAUCAGUGGGAAUUGCUGUGCAGGCAGCUGGGAGGUGCUGGUAGUCCUAUUGCUCACUGCUUCUGAGAACUGCAUUCAAAAGGAAGGAUUAUAUACACCUCUCUAUAGCUGUUGGGGCAAAUGCAUCUCUGCCUCACAUAAUCAUGGCAAAUAGCAUCUCAUGUGAAUGCUGAGCGUACUCAAAGCAAAGCUGUUAUUUUUUCUGAAUAAAACACUAUUGGUGUUUUUGAAUGCA